UGGAUGCACAAACCUCUUUUGGAAGGAAGGCUUAGUAUGAAUUGUGAACCUUUGGGAUCAUGCGUGAAGCUGUGUGGCACUACUAAACUUCCAGGCCACCUGUGUACUUCAGCCUUAUUAAGUAAAAUGGUGCUACUUGUAUUGGAAAAUGGUUUAGUCCAUGGAAAUGAUGAUGCUGAAAGAAAGAAAAUUGACAAUAUAAUUGCAGAACUGUUGUACUCAUUACAAUGGAUUGAAGAAUUGGAGAAUCCUCCUUACCUGCUUCUGGAAUAUCUUCAUAUGUUAGAAGAAAUGCACAUCACAUAUGAGAAGUUCAGUACACUUGGUAAUACAGCUAGCCUUCAGCAAACAAUAUUUGACAGAUCAGAGGAACAUGGAAGACUCUGGUCCUUAACCAUGGCUAAAGUGAUUCGUGCGGAAAACACUGUAUCCUGGGAGAGGAAGCAACUUUUCAAGACAGCAGAAGGGUUUCUGCCAUUAACAGAGGGCAGGUUGCAUACGCUUCAGUGUCUAGCUCCUUUUUUAAUUGAGGAAGAAAAGAAAGAACUUGUCUUCCUCUGUGUGGCCAAACUUAUGACAUGCACACAGACAGAGCUUUCCAGCACUGAUGGAGCAUUUGGGUGUCUUUCCAUUUUGAACUCCUGCUUGAAGGAUAAAAGUAUUGAUUGUGAUCAUCUGCUACCUGGAAUACUAAAAAUCAUAAUAUCUUGGAAAAACGAUAAUGAAGACAGCUUUCUCUUUAGCUGCGAUCUGAAAGAAAGAAGUGCUCAGUUGCUUGGUUUCAACAUAGAGAUGAUGCGUUACCUUCCCUUGUCACUGAAGUAUUCCACAGCUCCCUUGGCCGAUAAGGAAUGGGACUUUAUCAUGUGCUCCAUGCUGGCUUGGUUAGAGACAACGAGUGAAAACCGUUCGCUUUAUCAUGUCCCACUUGUGCAGAUUUUUGCUUGUGUCAGUUGUGACUUGGCAUCUGCCCUUAGCGCUUACUUUGAAGCUGCGGCUCCUGAAACUACUGAAAACCUUCCUGUGAACUUGAUCAGUGAAUGGAAAGAAUUCUUUUCUGAGGGAAUUCACGAUUUGCUGUUACCUUUGUUGGUGAAAGUCACAGGAGAAACCAAAAACGCAUCUGAAGGCUCUUUUCAGAACUCUGUAUUAACAUCUUUGGGUGAAGCUCUAACUUACAUCUCGAAGGACCAGUUGUUAAACCAUAAAUUGCCAGCAAAGUUUGUUGCAGGCCAGAAAACAAAUCUUCCAGAUAAACUCCAGACUCUACUAAAUACGUUAUCUCCAUUGUUGCUUUUCCGGGCUAGACCUGUGCAAAUUUCUGUCUACCAUAUGUUGUACAAAUUAAUGCCUGAAUUGCCUAAAUUUGAUGAUGAAGAUCUCAAAUCUUAUGGUGACGAAGAGGAGGAAUCAGCGUUGUCACCUCCAGCAGCUCUUAUGUCUGUCCUGGCCACUCAAGAACUCCUGCUAGAAAACAUCCUGGAAUGCAUUCCAGUUGGGGAAUUUGCAGUUAUUCAGCCCCUGAGUGACGAGUUCUGCCUUGUUCUAGGAUAUCUGCUCACUUGGAAGUUAACAUUAGCUUUCUUCAAAGCAGCUUCUUCUCAGCUGCGAGUUCUCUACUCACAAUACCUUAGAAGAACUAAAAGUUUAAAUAAACUGCUUUAUCACUUGUUCAGGCUUAUGCCUGAAAACCCUGUCUUUUCUGGGCCAACUUCAGAAGUUCCAAGUAAGGACACAAAAACCUUCUUUACUGAAGAGCUUCAUUUAGAUGUCAAAGGGACGGGCGUCCUCUCAGCCCAGAUUCCGCACUUGGCCUGCUCUGUCUACCGAAUCACGCUGCAAGACUUGCCAGCCAUGGUCAGGCUGUGGUGGAACAGCUGUGAGAAACGCGUCUUCAGUGUUGUAGAUAAAUUUACAAGCAAGUAUGUCAGCAGCGUGCUUUCUUCACAGGAAAUAUCUUCUGUUCAGACUAGCACACAGUUAUUUAAUGGCAUGACGGUAAAAGCUCGGUCUGCAGCACGGGAGGUCAUUGCUACCUAUUCAGUUGAUGAUAUAUUUAUUGAGCUAAUAAUACAGCUUCCAUCAAAUUACCCACUGGGAUCCAUAGCAGUUGAGAGCGGAAAGAGAGUUGGUGUGGCUGUACAGCAGUGGCGCAACUGGAUGCUACAGUUAAGCACGUAUCUUACACAUCAGAAUGGAAGUAUUAUGGAAGGCUUAUCUUUGUGGAAAAAUAACGUGGAUAAACGUUUUGAGGGCGUAGAAGAUUGCAUGAUCUGUUUUUCAGUCAUUCAUGGUUCCAACUACUCUCUUCCCAAAAAAGCUUGCAGAACAUGCAAGAAAAAGUUUCAUUCAGCUUGCUUGUACAAAUGGUUCACAUCCAGCAACAAAUCCACCUGUCCACUCUGUCGAGAGACAUUUUUCUGAAAUAAAACGGUUUGUCUUCUUUCUGGGAGCUAAGUAAUAAGUGAAGAGGAGGCAAUAAACUGUAUGUUGAAAGAAGCUAACUAGUUGGAAAGAAUGUCAGUUACUUUAAGUUCUUGACUAGUGGGAUAUGACACAUGUUUACCUCUGGACUGUUUUUUGUAAGUUUGAAGAUACUUCUUUGAUAUAAAGAAAUAUAUAAGAAUAAUUUAUUUUAAUUUGUAUAUUUUUAAGAUACUGAGAUGUAUUAAAAAUUCAGAAAUAAUGCAGAUUUAUGUCUGAAAAGUGGUGUUUAAGCCACAGCAUAGCUGAUUAAAACCUCUUACUUUAGGUAUAUCCUAACAUAGUGUUAUGCACUUAACCCAAAUCAGGCCUUUUAAUAUAACAGGUGAAU